AUGAAAUUCCUCACACUCGCACUCUGUUUCGCCGGCGCCGUGAGAGCGCUCUGCAUCCCCCGGCCCGACUCCAACACCAACACCAACACCAACACCAACACCGUCUUCAACUGCAAGAUCGACGCAAUGUACCACCCGUGCAAGAUCGCGUACGACGUUGGCCACUGCAUCGAGCGCAAGUAUCCGCUUAAUCUGAGGGACACGAGUUGUGGGGAGUGCUCGGAGAGCUGGAAGAAGUAUACGAAAGCGUGUGUCGACUCGGGGUGCGCGCAGUGGGAUGAGAAUCCGUUGGAGAAGUGCUUGUGGUGGAGCGGGGCGAGGUCGUGGAACUUGGUCCGGGGGGUGGCUGUUUAG